CUCACAAAUAUUAUAUAUAGAUGGAAACUGGUUUUGCAUGUCAUUCACAAACAGAUUGAAGGCAAUUAAGUUGAUGUUAGUGGUGAGUUCGGUUGCUCAUACUUUAGAAAAAGCUUCUUACAACUUUCUUAACCUAAACCUAGUUUGUCACUCUCACACUCGUGUCUUUUCAUUCAUCUGUCACCAUCCCUCCUUUAAUUUGUCAAAAAGAUGGUGGCGUUUCGCCCUUCCCUUUUGGUAUUUUAUUUCAUCAGUUGCAUCGGAGUUAUGAAUGCUAGAUCUCACCACCACCAUAAGAGGCAUAUGCAUAGGCAUUCCCACCAAAUUUCCAUUCCUCCAGCGGCGGCGCCGCCCUCCUCAGACGAGAACAACAGCGGAGUGUACGACGUUAGAAUGUUUGGCGGCGUUGGCGAUGGCGUGACAGAUGAUACCGAAGCAUUCAAAGCUGCAUGGGAAAAUGCAUGCCAAACAGAGUCCGGCGUCUUACUCGUUCCCAACGGCUAUACUUUUAUGAUUCAAUCUACUAUUUUCAGCGGCCCUUGUGAAAACGGCUUGGUCUUUCAGGUUGAGGGGACUAUAACGCCCCCGGAUGGACCGGAGUGGUGGCCGAAGAAUUACAGUCGGCGGCAGUGGCUGGUUUUCUAUCGAAUCAACGAGAUAUCACUGCGAGGAGGAGGCCUAAUUGAUGGCAGGGGCCACCCCUGGUGGAAUUUGCCCUGCAAACCUCAUAAGGUGGCAAACGGUAGCAUAGUUCGGGAACCAUGUGACAGUCCAAUUGCCAUAAGAUUCUUCAUGAGCAACAACGUGAGAGUGGAAGGAAUCAAGAUGAAAGAUAGCCCACAAUUCCAUUUCAGAUUCGAUAGCUGCCAAAAUGUUCACAUAGAAUCAAUUUACAUAAGUGCUCCACCUCUAAGCCCCAACACUGAUGGGAUUCACAUAGAGAACACCAACAACGUUGAGAUAUACAAUUCUGUUAUUUCCAACGGUGAUGACUGUGUCUCAAUAGGAUCGGGAUGCUACGACGUGGACAUUAGGAAUCUAACUUGCGGGCCCAGCCAUGGCAUCAGCAUAGGGAGUCUGGGCAACCACAACUCGCGCGCGUGCGCGUCCAACAUAACGGUGAGGGAUUCGGUGAUCAAGAACUCCGACAACGGCGUGAGGAUAAAGACGUGGCAGGGCGGGUCGGGGGCGGUGUCGGGCGUCUUGUUCGACAACAUCCACAUGGACAACGUGAGGAACCCAAUCAUCAUCGACCAGUUCUACUGCCUCACCAAGGACUGCUCCAAUCGCACUUCCGCCGUCUACGUCUCCGACAUACACUACUCCGACAUCAAGGGAACCUACGACGUCCGCAGCCCUCCCAUGCACCUCGCCUGCAGCGACGCAAUCCCCUGCACCAACAUCACCUUUGCUGACGUCGAGCUUCUUCCCUCCACGGGGGAUCUCGUGCUCGACCCCUUCUGCUGGAAUGCUUAUGGACACCUCCACACUUUGACUAUUCCGCCGGUUUCUUGUCUGCUCCAAGGGAUUCCUCGUUCUUUCUUGGAAAACGAUCUUGGCAAUUGUUAGCCACUCUUUUGCCCUACUUCCUUUAAUUCUGUACAUAAUCUGCAAUUUCAUUUGUUGGGGCCGUGUAUGGGUGAGCAUUCGGGCGGUUCGGUUUCAACCCGAACCCCCAAACUGCCCUACAAAAUUCAAACCAAA